AUGGCAGCCAACACAACAGUCAAGAUCUCCCGCCAGGACCUCCAAGACCUCGCGGUGCCCCCCGAGGCAGUCAUCACGGGCAUCAAGGACCUGUCCUCGUACAACUGGGUCGAGAGCGCCCGCCCCACCAUCGCGGUGCCAGGCUCUCCAGACCUCUGGUCCCCUCCGAGGGGCGCCUGCAAGGUGCGCAAGGACUCAGGCCACAUCUACAUCGCGCAGAACGCCGCCCGCCACCCGGCGAGCCCGCUCGAGCCGCUCUUCCGCGCGCUCUACGUCGCGCACCCGUCGUUCGACGUGCGGCCGGUGGACCUCGUCAGCGACCGCAACAACAUCCGCAAGCUGCUGUCGGUCAUCAACCCCAGUUCGUCCAAGAACGGGCUUGAGGACUUCACGAUCAACGUCGAGGUCGCGGGGCGCACCGUCAUCCUCGCCCGCGACGAGGCCAAGGUGGAGGAGUUCGUCGGCGCCGGGGUGUUCAGGGGGUUCGGCCAUGAGUUCGAGAAGAAGUACACCAGGGCCCAGCUGCGUGGCGCCACUGGCCAUCACAGGAUCAUCUCGUACCGCUUCGGGGAUAUGAACUUCCUCAUCCGCCACGAGACCGAUGGGUUCGUGAGAGCCGAUUUGAAGAGCGCUCCAGCGGAUGCUCAAGCUCGGGAGCAGGAGAAGCUCUUGGACGAGCUGGCCUCGUUGUCCUUGUCCUCGUUGUCCUUGGGGACUAACUACCGUCACCAUCAUCACCAGACACUCCGCGUCAAAAAAGAAGGCACCGUGGUGCCGCGCGAGUCAACCCUCGAGAUCAAGACCCGCGUCGCGACCAAGCCCAUCGACUUCGACGAGAUCGCCACGCAGCUCUGGGCGUCCCAGACUCCGAAGCUCGUUCGCGCGUACCACAGCCGGGGCGUGUUCCAGGAGCCGGCGGUCGAGGACGUGGCCGAAGAUAUUAAGGGAUGGGAGCGGGCCAACCAGGCACACCUGAGGAGGCUCGCCGCGCUGAUCGCCGAGAUCCUCCGGGUCGCGAGGGGGAUGGAGGGCGGGAGGAUGAGGAUCAGGUAUGGCCGCGCUGCUGACGAGUUUGUCAUUCAGCAGAGAUCCGAGGGGAAGAAGAUGUUGCCCGGGGACUUGUACUCACGCUGGGAGGAGAAGGCUGGAGGGCUUGAUGUGCACGAGACCGAGACUGCUGCUGCCGAGCCAUCUGGAGAGGGCAAAGAUGCAGCGGUAGGGAAGAAGCUGGUUACUGUGUAG